GCUUCUUUGAUUGUUUACGCGGAAGUUACAAGUUAGAUAACAACAGACAACCACGCUGAGGACUGAACUAAUAUCUCCAUCUGAAGGUUAACCGUUUGUUGUUGCUGUUUCUCCCCUCUAUAUCUGUUAUUAUGGUUAAUAUCGGGCUCACAAAGGUCGAUGACGCGAUUGCAGCAAAGCAUCCGGGCUUACAACAGUAUGCUGCUUGCCAGUCCUAUGCCUUCAUGAAGGGAACUGGUAGUUUUAUUGUAGGCACCGGCGCUCUAUUUUUCAUUCAAAGAGUUGUGCAAAAAAAGCUCCCGUACCCUUUUCAGUGGAACCUGUUAGUGUCAUUAGUGGCCUCUUCGGUUGGCAGCUAUGCAGUAACACGCUGGGAGACACAGAAAUGUACAGACCUGUGGAUGUACCUCGAGACAGGGAGCUUCCCAGACAGAAAUGUUCAACAGAAAGAACCCCCUGCCCCAGCUGACCCUAAGGUCACAGUGUACGGGGAUGUGAUCGACUAACCACCAACAGCAAACUCUGUAGACACCAGACCUUAACAUUCUGACCUGUAUCUGUAUAUAGUUUCACUGUAAAAGCAGAAAACAAACAUACAAACACAUAUUAAAAUCUUAAUUUAUUUGAACUGACUGAUCAAGGCAACACUCUGCUGUGUUCUGUUAAUAUGACAGUAAUGUACAGUAUGUUCAGGUGGGGGCAUACACAUUAUAACAUACACAUUUGAACUAUUGCUUUGUACAGUUACAGCUUUAAUAAAUGUUUCAUUUUCAACA